ACCGCUACGUACCAUAACAGAACGAAAACAGUUGCUGUAUCCAGUUGUCAACUUUAUCGAAAUAGUAUUCAACAGUCAAUGUUUCACCUAUUUUGAAUGACCAUUUAGUCUCAAAACCUCUACAAAUAUACCCGACAGUUUGCAGAUACUCAAAUCAAGUUAUAAGGCGCAUUUCGAAAAGAAUAACCCCCAGCCAGAGUAAUACAAAAGCUGUUAAACUAGUUUAUUUUGAUCAAUUCAGAGAGUGGCCAAUGCAGGCUUAUCAAUACCAACGAGAAAACCUUUUUAUGAAGCGAUUGAAGAGGUUACCAGUACAAGAAGGUCCUAGUUCUGUUGGUUAGACAAGUGCUAAUAUCAUCAGUAUAUUGUGCAGAGGUGGCCUAGACAGACAAAUAUAAAAAUGGAGGAAGGAGAGCCAGAUCCAAAUGAAUUAUUUGCCGACCUUGGAAUGCUCAUAGUUGAGGGUCGAAAACCUGAGGAUUCUAUCAAGGGUCGCAGGGAAGGCGAACAUUGCCCUCCCUUGAUUGGCAUGCCGUUACAUCAGUGCAUCCCAGGAAACACAAAGUGCCAUACUAUGAACAUGGUGAGGUCACAUAUAAACUAUAUGUUUAACAACAACAUCCCGAUGUCCAUCGAGGUGCUGCAGUACCCUGACUGCUGCCAGAGCUCUCUGGAGGAGGUUGCUAUUGGUGCGGAUGCAUCAUUCAGCUCUGAACAACCAUGCCUUCUACUAGAACAGUGGAUCAUUCAAGUUCUCCCAAGGAGGUCUUUACAUUACCAUCAGUCAAGCAGAAUGCUACUACAGGCGAUCAGGUCCUACCUGCACUUCUCUCAGCUCAGCUCUUGGCUAAGUAUGAACAGUGGCAAAGAACCAAAGAACAUUACUUAUAGAGUAAGUGCACCUGGAGAAGCCUUCCCUGCCAACUUUGUCAAGAUUCCCGAGGUUCAUUCUUUUCCUGCUGUCAACAUCACCAAGUCCUCCUGUAUUCGGGUCAGCGUGGCCUACCUUCCACGACAGCAGCAAAUUCCCAUCAUCCCCUGUGGUGUUGGACACAAGAAAAUGAAAUUCUCAUGUCAGCACUCUCAGGAGAAACCUUUUGAUAAUUCAGAAACACGUUUCCAAUCAGAACAGGGAAGGCAGUUCAGAUGCAAGCGAGGAAGUGGUCGCAAAUGUUUUGAGAAACGGACUCGUUUCAACGCCCAUAGUGAAUAUAAUGUGGGACAUAGUUCAAGGCAACAGGAGAAGAAUGUGCACAAACUUGACCCAGAAUCUUAUCAGAAUGCCAAAAAACACAAGAGAAAAUGCAAUGUACCAUUAAACACACCAAAAAGAACCGUUGGCCAUAGAACACAAGAGUGUAAUGAGAGGUUUGAUAAGUCAGUAAAUUGUGAGGACCAGAGAACACGAUCUGUUAAUAUAAUGCCUUAUAGGAAUAUACCUGACAAUAAAAGUAAACCUGCCUAUAAAGAUGAUACCUGUCCACCUGUAUUAUCUCAAGGUGUUGAAACUGAAUUAUCUUCAAAGGAACUCAGAACUCAAACAGGGAUAGACACGUCAGAAAACUGUGUAAUUGCUAAUAAAAACAGAAAUGUGUUAGAAGAUAAAGGGAUCUAUUUUGUAGCCAAUUCUGAUGAUGAACUCCAGAAUGAGUCCCCACCACUUACAGAACUUUUACCAUCAUGUAUUAAUGAGCCUGAAACUGUAUCAUCAAGCUUAGAUAACAUCCCUGUAGUACAAUGUGACUUGCCUGUUGUACAAAAGGUUACAAACGUGAGUCACAAUAUUAUUUCACCUGUGAGCCACACUUCUCUGACACAUAAGCAGUCUUCUUCCUCUGCAACAGAGAGUUUUCCAUCUCAGAGUAGUCCUCCAGGAGAGAGCCAAUCUCCACCACAGUCUGGUUCACCAGGUGACUUCAAAAGCACUACUUUCAUCAACAGUGUGCAAAAAUUAGUUUCUGAUAUCAAAACCAAACUUGACUUUGCUUCUGAUGAAGAAAUGUCACCCUCCAUCUCCAGAAGUAGUCCUACCAUUAGUGCAAUAAAUUUGGAUCAAAAUGCUGAAUCAAAACAAUCCAUGUCGGAUUCACUUAAGCUGAGUAUGAAAAGAGGUAAUCAGGCAUCUGGACAAGCCUUCCAUUCAGAUCCGCAGACAUCCUUCCAGCCUGCACCAGAGAAGUCGAGGCAGGAACGAAAUACUCCAAGAGGCUUUAUACCAGUCUUUACAAAAAGUAAAUCUUUGUUUAAAAGUGUUAUUCAAAAAGAGCCGACACCGAAACCAGCAAAUGAGAAUUCAUUUGAGAGGAGUAAAACUUGGUCCAGUCCUGAACCAAAACGUCACCACAGUCGUUCCAUAGACAGUUCUGGUAGUUAUAUAUUUAAUCCACGAACAGGGUUACCUUUGAAUUCAAGCCCAGCUCCUAUGAGGAAGACAAAAGAGAGUACAGAUGAUUCAUCUCUGAACAGUAGACCUACAACUAUGCUUAAAAGUUCUACUUCAUGUAAUGACCUAGGUCACACUUUGACCCCAAUGAACCAGUCAACACGUGUACUCAGUACUAGUGCUCCAGCUUCUACAAGUUGCCUACUAGGAAGUUUUGAGGAAUCUGUGUUAAAUGGGCGCAUGGAGCCCCUAGGAACAAUUGAAGGGUUUUCUGCUGAGAUUGGAGCUAGCGGACGCUUCUGCCCCUCGCAUGUUAAGCUUCCUGUCACAGCAUUCUUCUACAGUGUAACUGAUGAUGACCAACCAUCGUCUUACAUGGGGUAUGUAAACUUGGAAUCUAUUGGGAAACGAGGUUAUCAUGUCCCAGCGCAGGGAACAAUUCAAGUUACAUUAUUUAACCCAAAUGGCACAGUAGUCAAAAUAUUUGUGGUUCGCUAUAAUCUGUCUGACAUGCCGCCAAAUUGCCAAACAUUCUGCCGACAACGAGUCUUCUACAUGCCUAGCAAUGCCAACAUCAAUGACGAUUGUGAGAAGGAACUCCGAUAUUUACUGCAUUUAAGGUUCCAGAGCUCAAAAUCCAGUAGGAUCUACCUCCACACUGACAUUCGGAUGAUAUUUGCCCGCCACCGACCAGAUCUUGAGUCGGGAAUUGCAACAUAUGAACUCCGGUCCUUCACCGAGAUGCCCUCCAAUCCCAGAUUCUCGCCGAAGAAAUAGAGCCUCGCCAUACAAAACAGUAAUACUACUUAAUGACAAAAUAUACACAAAAA